AUGAAGGACGUGGAAUUGGCUGCCACCGCCUCCACCAGUAUCCAAAAGAUCGAAGUUGAAUAUCUUAAGGACCAAGCAGAAAAGAAACAGAAGGAAGUUGUGGCCACUAGAUCUAUACCUGCAGAGGCAUCUUUUCCUACUCCGGCCCUUGGGCCUUCAGGGAUUUGUAGAGAAAAUGAGCAACGAGCGUUGGAGAGCUUGAAGAAAGAAGUAGAUGAUCCCUUGGAUAUUCCCUCUUCUUGGGUUGUCGGAAAAGAUUGUUGUGAAUGGGAAGGAGUUGAACUACACAUAAGUUAUCUAAGGAUCGAUAACCUAGAGUGGUUGCCAAGUCUUUUGAGUCUUGAGAACCUGGAAAUGUAUCAUGUGGAUCUCCACGAAGCAACUAACUGGCUACAGGUUAUUAACAUGCUUCCUUCUUUGGUUGAUCUAACGUUAUCCAAUUGUAGUCUUCAUAAUAUAACAAAUCUACUUCAUCACAAUUUUUCUUCACUUGAAACCCUCGAUCUUUCUAGUACUAAGUUUAAUUCACCUAUUCCCAAUUGGGUUUUCAACCUUUCCAAUCUUGUUUCUCUUAAUUUGAGUGAUUGUAAUUUUACUGGCCCAUUUCCUGACUUUCAAGUUAACUUGACUUCUCUCACAACCUUCAAGGCUUUUGAAAACUCUUUCAAUUGUCUUUUACCCGAAUGGUUGUUUGAUAUAAGUAAUCUAGAACAUCUUAACCUCCGUUCUAGUGGUAUUAAAGGUGCAAUACCAAAUAAGGGUGGAAACAUAACAACACUUAAAUAUCUUGAUCUUUCUGAUAAUAACCUUAACUCCACCAUACCAAAUUGGCUCUAUCGAUGCAAAGAUCUGGAAUCACUUUACCUUAGUUACAACCGUCUUGAGGGAGCAGUUUCAAGUCUGAUUUCAAAUUUGAGCUCAAUAACUAAUAAUGACCUUUCUGGUAAUAUGCUUACUGGAAAGUUACCAAAUGUAAUUGGAAUUUUAGGGAAAUUAGAAUUUCUUUCUCUUUCAAAAAAUCAAUUUGAGGGACAAGUAUCUGAAUUAUUCAAAGGUAGGAGUAAUUUCUUUUCAAGGGGAUUGGGAAAUACUUCUUCUUUGAUGGAAUUGAGACUAGAUGAAAGUCAUUUCUCUAAAUUAACACAAUUACAACUCUUCUCUACAUCUAGAAAUAAUCUGACUUUAAAAGUGAAUCGGAAUUGGAUUCCACCGUUUCAAGCCACAAACAUUGCAUUAGGCGGGUGGAAUAUAGGCCCUUUGUUUCCAAUGUGGCUCCGAACUCAGGAGAUGAUAAUGAAUGUUGACAUAUCAUAUGGUGGAAUACAAGGUGAGGUUCCAACUUGGUUUUGGAACUUAUCUUCUCAAAUUGUUUUUCUCAAUCUUUCUCACAAUCAAUUUAUUGGUGAGGUUCCAAUCAUCUCAACAGCUUCAUGGUUAGUUGGAUUGGGAGGUCUUUGGUUAAUGUAUUUAGGUUCCAACAAUUUUAGUGGAUCACUACCACGUAUUUCAACGAGUAUAACUGAGUUAGAUCUCUCGAAUAAUUUGUUUUCAAAAGGUUUAUCCAACUUCUUGUGUGAAGCAAAGAAUGUAUCUUACAAUUUGGAGAUCUUAAACCUAGGCAGAAACAAUUUAUCAGAAGAAAUUCCUAAUUGUUGGAUGAAUUGGUCAAAGUUGAAAGUUUUAACCUUGAGGGAGAAUAAUUUGAUUGGAGGCAUACCAAGAUCCAUGGAGGCUUUGAAUAGUUUGCUAUCCUUGGACUUACGAAGAAAUAAACUUAACGGUCCGUUUCCUUCAUCCUUGAAAAAUUGUACGAAACUGCAUAAAAUAGAUUUAGCCGAGAAUGAGUUUGUUGGGGGACUACCAUCUUGGUUGGGAAUGAGGUUUUCAACCUUGAUAGUAUUUAUCCUUCGGUCCAAUAAAUUCAAUGGUGAAUUGCCUCAAGAACUUUGUCAACUCAAAGAUCUUCAGAUCUUAGACCUUGCAAACAAUACAUUUGUUGGAAUCAUACCAAGGUGUAUUGGCAAUUUCAGUGCAAUGGUCAAAGGAAAAAAGGAAGUGGGAGAUGAUGAUGAGUUAAAUUAUUCCUACUUUUUUGGAGUUUUGAGAGAGAGUGCCAUAGUGACGAAUAAAGGCAACAGGUACCAGUAUGACAGCAUUUUGGCGUUGUUUACAAGUAUGGACAUGUCUAGCAAUAAUCUUUCUGGGGAUAUUCCUAUAAGUUUAACACAUCUUGCAGGAUUGAGAUCAUUUAAUUUUUCUAAAAAUAACCUAACUGGUAGAAUUCCAAAUGACAUUGGUGACAUGAAAGUCUUGGAAUCUAUUGAUCUUUCAGAAAAUCAAUUUUAUGGUCAAAUCCCACAAAGCUUUUCAAGUUUGUCCACCUUGAGCUACUUGAAUCUAUCUGAUAACAAUUUGUCAGGUAUGAUACCAUUGAGCACUCAACUUCAAAGCUUUGAUCCCACGAGUUUUCAAGGAAACAAACUCUGCGGGCUUCCACUCUCGCUGAAUUGUAGUUCAAAUGGUAAUAUUCCAAAUCAUGAAUAUGAAGAUGAUGAGAGUGACGAAGAUGAAGUGGAUUGGUUUUACAUUUCAAUGGCUAUAGGAUUUGCACUAAGCUUUUGGGGUGUUUGUGGUUCAUUGCUUUUCAAGAGAUCAUGGAGACAUGCUUAUUUUCGUUUUCUAGACCAUGGCUGGGAAAUGUUACUUGCAAAGUUACCAAUAUGUUGA